AUGUCUGCCGCUACUAAAAAGAGAUACAUCACCAACAAGGUUGGAAGCGAGUUCUAUGAACUUGCUGAAGAAGAUAUCAUUGCACAGGUCCGGCAAUCGCGAGGAAACAACCUGCAUGAAGUAUACGAUCAGAACGGCGACAGCUACGUCGUUUCGAUGCCAACAAAGUUUCGGAAAGCCGUUUGGCUCCGUCGCGACCAAUUCGUUGUUGUUCGACCGAUUGCUGAAGGGGACAAGGUUAAAGGAGAGAUCGAAUACAUUUUGGAUCAGGAGAACGUGCUCUACAUUCGAGAGCUCGGGAAAUGGCCGUCGUGCUUCGAGGAACAGGCUCUGAAAAUGACUCGAGAAUCAAAGCGCGGGAACACGAAUGACCAAAUGAUUGAUGACGAUAUGCUUCCACCAAGUGAAAGCGAAGAGGAGGAUGACGAAUCGGAAGAGGAGGAGGGGACGUAUGAUGAGGAUGAGGACGUCGACGAUGAAGACGAGGAAGAAUUCGAUACGUACAACCCGAACCGAAUGCAGGCGCCUUCCAAAUAA